UCUCCCUCCCUCUUCUCUCUCUCUCUCUCUCUCUCUCUCCUUCCCUGAGAACUUCAUCUGCUCGACAAUGGCGAAUCGUACGGACCCGCUGGCGAAGAGCAUCCGGGGCACGAACCCGCAGAACCUGAUCGAGAAGAUCGUGCGGUCCAAGAUAUACCAGAACACCUACUGGAAGGAGCAGUGCUUCGGCCUCACGGCGGAGACCCUCGUCGACAAGGCCAUGGAGCUCGACCACAUCGGCGGCACCUUCGGCGGCAACAGCAAGCCCACGCCCUUCCUCUGCCUGGUCCUCAAGAUGCUGCAGAUCCAGCCCGAGAAGGACAUCGUCGUGGAGUUCAUCAAGAACGAGGAUUACAAGUAUGUUCGUGUACUUGGUGCCUUUUACUUGCGUCUCACGGGAACAGAUAUGGAUGUUUAUCGAUAUUUGGAGCCUUUGUACAAUGACUAUCGCAAAGUGAGGCAAAAGUUAACUGGUGGAAACUUUGCCUUGACACAUGUGGAUGAGGUCAUUGAUGAACUCUUGACAAAGGACUAUUCAUGUGAUAUUGCAUUGCCGCGCAUCAAGAGAAGAUGGACUCUCGAAUCGGCUGGUGAUCUGGAUCUCAGAAAAAGUGCUCUGGAAGAUGACUUUGAGGAAGAGGAAGAGAAGGAAGAGAACGAACAACUUGUUGAUGGGCUAGAAGAUGGUGCUCCCGAAAAGGACUAUUAUCGUGGACGAAGCCCAACAAGGGAAAGAGAUAGAGACAGAAGGCGUGAUAGUCACCGACACAGAGAUCGAGAUUAUGACAGGGAUUAUGAGAGAGACUAUGAUAGAGAACGUGGGCGUGGGCGUGGACGGGAAAGAGAUAGAGAUAGAGACAGAGACAGGGACAGGGAUAGGGAUAGGGAUAGGGAUAGGGACAGAGACAGAGACAGAGACAGAGAUAGAGACAGAGACAGGGACCGGUAUCGUGUGAGGGAUGAAAGAGACUAUGGUCGUGAGAGGGAUCAUGAACGAGAAGGUAGAGAACGAGACAGGCGAGACAGAGACCGUGGGCGGAGAAGGAGCCAGUCAAGAAGUCAAAGUAGGAGCAGGGACCGGAAGGACCGUGAUGGCGGGGAACACCGUAAGAGACAUGCACGUGGCAGCACAAGUCCUAGAAGGCGUGGGCAUGAAGAUAGCCGAGAAGAGCCGAAGAAGAAGAAAGAGAAGAAGGAAAAGAAGGAUGACGGGACUGAUCAUCCUGACCCAGAGAUUGCAGAAGCAAACAGGUUGCGUGCUUCUCUGGGGUUGAAACCGUUGAAGCUCUAGGCGUGACGGUUGCAGAGACAUGUUGAUUGAGUGAUUACUGACGUUGCUGCUUAGUCUGAUGGAAUGCACAUAUAGCUAAUAUGCUGUCUUUACUGUCUAAAUUGAGCGGCGAGCAAUCUCCAGAACAUUUGUUAUUUUUGUAGGCUUUCAGCUGGCGUCUUGUGAUGCAUGAGGGAAUAUAUUGCCGUCUUAUCCUCUUUGGUUGCA